UUUUUUUACAGCGCCGUCCAAAAAUCAGUUGUGUGUGUCUUUUUUUAUUCCAAAAGAUUACAAAGAUGGCCGAGAGAAGUAUAGAAUUACCUGCCAAUCUUGACUUUGACAACUAUAUCAACAACUACAGAGGUUAUAGUAAAAUAUUUAGAUCCCUUUACAUUGCAAAAAAAUGCAAUCAACUUGCUGUGAAAGCAUACCGCCAAGCAAUUAAAGACAUUAAGGAAAACACACUUGAUGUUGAAAAAUAUAAAUCAACUAUUACAGAGUUAAAUAACGUAUUAGAAAGAAGAGGUGAACCUACAGAAGCACUUGAUCAAAGUUGGAUUGAUCAUGUUCGCAUCACUUCAAAGACAACGUUGGAAUCAUUAGAAAAUGAACUAAAAGCUGCCAAGAGUAGACUCUUGAAAGAAGAAAUGAGAAUGUGUUAUAUAAAAUUAGGUGAAUUUUAUUGCAGGUGUGGUGAUGGACCGGCAGCUAUCAGAAACUUUGUACGAACCAGAGACUAUUGCACUACAAACCAACAUACAACAGAAAUGUGCUUUAAAACCAUCCAGGUCUAUUUAGAUGAAUGCAACUUCUCGCACGUCAUUCAGACCUAUCUUGCUAGAGCCGAGACUAUACCUAAUACCGCGCAGAGCAUCGGCGUAAAUUCAAAGCUGAAAUGUUUUCAAACCUUGACUCUCUUGGGCAGAACAGAUGUGCCAAAGAAAUAUCGAUCUAUAGCUAACACACUAAUUGAUAUACCAUUUGAAGCAUGUGCAGCCUUUGACGACGUCUUGUCUUCCAACGAUGUAGCCAUCUAUGGUGGUUUAUCAGCACUCGCCUCCUUUGAUCGUCGUGAAUUGCAGAGUCAAGUGCUCUCAAAUGCCAAUUUUAAAAACUUUUUGGCAUUAGAGCCUGCUCUUAAUGAGCUAAUAGAGUCAUUCUAUCAGUCCAAAUAUACUCAUUGCUUUGAAGUGCUGAAGAAAUAUAAACAACAAUUAAGAUUAGACAUGUAUAUGGAAUCUAAUGUGGACCAUUUGAUACAACUUGUUCAUGAAAAAGCAAUUGCACAGUACUGUGUUCCAUACUCUAUAAUUGAUAUGCGCAAGAUGGCUACGGCAUUUAGUAUUGAUAUUGAAACAUUAGAAGAGAUCUUGACUGAUUUAAUUGGCAAGAACAAGACCAUGGCAGCGCGUAUUGAUAGUCAUAACAAGAUUGUACGAACAAAGAAGCAAAAUAAGCGUACUCAAGCAUUUGAUCAAUCUUUUAUUGCUGGCAAUGAUUUUGAAAAGUCAUCAAGAGCUCUUUUGCUUAGGUUGAAUUUAUUAAAGGCUGAUUUGAUCAUGAAAUAAAUAUUGCGUUUUAUUAAAAAGAUAAAUGAUCAAGUCACAUGUUACAAGGGGUAAGAAGAUGAGUAGACACCAAGCAAGCAGUAUACAAGACACAACAAUAAUUUAUG